AUGUUUCCCUUAAAGUUCUCCAGCAUCCUCUUCUUACUCGGAGGGUUUCAACAUCUGAAUCCCUACGCUCCUAGCCAUGGACAAGGUGUCCUAGCUCAAUCAACGAACCUAACGUCUUUCGUUAACCUUUUCAUCGGGACUGCGUCGGGUGCGAAUGGGGGUAGUGGGGGGAACGCGUUCCCUGGUGCUGCCGUUCCGCAUGCUAUGGUCAAGGUCGGCAUCGACGUAGACGAGACGCCCCGUCAAGCAGGCUAUAUCCAUGAUAACUCCUCCGAAUAUCCCUCAUGCACGACGAAGGAACUGGAGGAAACACCGAAGGCGGAUACGGUUUCUUCCCGCUCUUUCCUCUUGCGGAUUGUUCUUUCACGUCCUGCCCAGUCGGUCUCUCCGCAAGAGAAGCUCUCAGAGCUGCAAAUACUGACGUCCCAUUUCGAACUUCCUAUCAUUUUCCUUUGUCGUCAUGUUGUAUUGUGGCCCUACGACGCUACAGCGGCGGAACCGGGAUACUUUACCACCCAGUUCGUCAACGGGAUCAAACUCGAAACGACCUCCACACGUCGAGCGGGUCUCAUUCGAUUCACCUACCCAGAGAAUAGUACCACGAACCAAGUUGUGGUCGAUUUGACGAAUGAUUUGCAGAGAUCGUUUGAGGGUGGGGAGAUUAACGUGGAUGCUGAUACGGCGAGGAUCACGCUCACAGGGACAUUCUUGCAGAGUUAUGGGGUGGAGAACUAUACCGUCCAUGCGUGCUACGACUUCCUUCCCCCGACCACCAUCUCCUCUCAACCCCUCCUCCAAUUCGCAACCUAUCAAUCCACAACGACCAACUCUUCCGCCAUCACCAUCACCCCAAACACCACUUUGCUCUCCUUCCCACUCGUUUCCUCACCCUACACCCUACAAGCAGGAGCCCUCCUCUCUUUCGACACCUCCAACACCUCCACCACGAACUCAGUGCUUGCUAGGUUCGGUGUCUCGUUCAUCAGCACAGAUCAAGCAUGUUCGAACGCGGAAGAAGAGAUUCAGGAUUGGGACUGGGAUGAGGUGCAGAGUGCGAGUAGGGAGAAGUGGGAGGAUGUGCUCGAGAGGGUUGUUGUAGAUACGGACAAGGAGAACGCGACGGUGGUUGAGUUGCUGUAUUCUUCGGUCAGUUCUAAUUCAUCAGUCAUAUUUUGUCGCAGAAGAUCGUCGUGGUGGCUGAUGGGGUAUGUUAACGUGGAUGUGUUGGCGGGCGGACAGUUGUAUCGUGCUUCGCUUGUUCCCGCCAACUUGUCCGGCGAGAACCCGUACUGGGACUCUCCGUACCCUUUCUAUGAUGCCCUCUUCUGCUCCUGGGAUACGUUCCGUACCGUCCACCCUCUGCUAUCGCUCACCUCUCCCAUCGAAUGGGCCGAGAUCGUGAACGCUUACAUUGAUGGAUGGAGGAACAGUGGAUACAUCCCCGAAUGUCGCGAUAACACCAAGAAAGGAUACGUCCAAGGAGGCAGCGACGGCAUGCCCAUCCUGGGCGACUUCGCCGUCAAAUAUGGAGCAUUUGGUACACAGCUGGGUGUCCCCACAGACGACUUGUACCAAGCAUUAGUAGACACGGCAGAGAAUACGCCAGAUGACUGGUAUGAAGUUGGACGCCAAAACACGGCCUGGAAAGAAUUCGGCUACAUCCCUACGAACUGGACUGAUCCCUCUGGUGCGACCGGGCUGCCCACGCGUGAGGCGUCGAGGACCGAAGAAUAUUCACUCAAUGACUUUGCCGUCCGCCAAGCCGCCCUCGCACUAGGCAAGGAUCCGUCCGAUGUCGCGGUGUAUGGGAAUCGAUCAUUGGGUUUCGCGAAUGUGUGGGAUCCGAACGUGACGAGUGAUGGCUUUACGGGCUUCGCGCAGAGGAGGUUCGCGAAUGGGACAUUCGCGUUCAGCGAUCCUGUGGCGUGUUCGCCCGUUGACACGGUUGGGCAUUCGUGUGCAAGGGGAACGGAUAACGAUGUUGGGUUCUACGAAUCAUCAUCAUGGGAGAUGUCCUUCUUUGCGCCACACUCUAUGGCUACGAUUAUUGAGCUCAUGGGCGGCAACGACACGUUCAUCAGUAGAUUGGACCACUAUUUCGACGGGGGGUAUUUCGAAGCUGGAAACGAGCCCGGCUUUCAAACGCCAUGGCUAUACCACUAUGCCAACCGUCCAGACCUGAGUGCAUUGAGGGUCCGAGAGGUGGUGUUUGACAACUUCAACACUGGUAUUGGUGGUAUUCCCGGUAACGAUGAUAGCGGUGCAAUGAGUGCGCUUUUAACCUUCCACAUCCUUGGCCUCUACCCUGUCCCCUCCUCCCGUCAAGUUCUCAUUGGUUCACCCCUGGUUUCCUCCUACACUCUCUCCAACAACUUCUUCGGCACCACCACCACCGUCACCGUCAAAAACUUUGACCCUUCGAGUAUUGUGGCCGCUCCAUCUGAGGGAGGCAAUGUGUAUGUUCAGAGCGUGAAGGUGAACGGUACAGAGACGGGGAGUUUAUGUUGGAUUGAGUGGGGAGAUUUAGUUGGCGGUGGUGAAGUGGUGAUUGCGGUGGGGAGUGAGGUGCCCGAAAGUGGAUGUGACAGUGGAUUGGGAGCGGGAGCCGUGCCGGAUUCAUUGGCGACUGGUGGUUUCAGCUCAUAG